AUGCUGGGGAACCUCUCAUUGGCUGAGAACAGCCUCACCUCUGAUGGGGCCGACCUGAUCACCCUGGCCUGGGAGACCAUCAGCAUCCGCUUCACAGCCAUGACGCCCUUCCUGCCGCAGCUCCUCGUACCGGGUUCUGUUUCCUUCGUCCUGCUGGAAAGGCAGAUCCUCCAACAGGUCACACAGGUGGUGUCAGGAUUCUACAAGGCGAGUCCCCAGGAGAGGCCCCUGCUCCUCUUCAGCAAUGCGGACCAGUGGGUGGGUGUUUAUAUCGAAUACAAGUUCCAGACUCCCAUCGCUACCCACCUCCAAGGCCUGGCUAAUCACUUGGCCCAAAACAUAACAGAUCCCAUCCUCCAGAAAUCCAGCAUCGUGGCCAAUGGGGAGAAGCCAGAGCUGGUGCUGUAUGAAGUUUGGCUGCAGAUCCUGGGCCAGCCCUACACCAAGGCCUUGGAGGACAAAACCAGCCCUGAGUUCUGGGCACUUCAGGGGCAGCUGACGAGAUGGGUGAAGUGA